AUGACACUCAGCAUCCCGCUCCGCCGCAGCGCGGUCACCGCUGCCCGAGUUCAGACCACCACUUUCAUCUGUUCGCAAUGCCGCCAUGCGACUCUCCUUCGACGCCCUAAGCGUCCCUACACCUUCACUCAGCUCAUCACCCUGUCGGAUGGCAGCACCUUCACUCACCGUACGACGUCUCCCGCCCCCGUCUACCGCUCUACCCGUGACACGCGCAAUUCCCUCCUGUGGAACCCGUCAUCAAGCAAGUUGAUGAAUGUCGAGGAAGACGAGGCCGGUCGACUAGCAGCAUUCAGAGCCAAAUUUGGACGGAGCUGGGAUGCGAAUACCCCUACGGAGGCUGAAACAAACAAGACGGCUGAGCAGACGGAUAAAGAGGCUGAGGCUGCGGCAAGAGCCGCUGCUGAAGAGGAAGAAGACGACAACCUGCUGGACUUGAUCAGUUCGUUUGGUCAGGAGGAAGAGCAGCCAUCAGGGAAGAAGAAGAACUGA